CCUUAUUUCAUCGCUUUCAUUUCACACUUGACUUCGAAGCUCCAUCAGCUCCUAGAGUUUGCGUUACAGUUGAUGCAAUUAACGGUGGACGCCUAAACGUAAAUGAAAACCACGUGGAGAUAUGUUGUGACCUGCUGCACCGGUGUAGAUGGAAGGGGGGGAUAGAAAGUUCCUAGAUGUAUGCACGAUCUCGCACUCCACUGGCUCCUUGACACGCGACAUUCGGACGUUGACUUUCAAAAAAAAAAAUCCGAAGCUCCAAACGGACCUUUUCUAGUCAUUUGCUUCCCAGCUAACGGCAUUAUUAACGUUUCACCUGGAGCCUGUCUAUCAAAUGAGGAGACACGGAGGUUUGAUGAGACAUUGUAUCACGUUAGUUAGCUACGUUAGAUGUUCGUGUCAUUCGGUAAACAAGUCGAGCGAAAUUAUUCGAAGGAUUAUGCAAAACAAUCACGAGUUGGAACCGCUAACGUAACGUCACCUAGUUAGCUAACGUUACUCGCCGAACUGUUGGCCAGCGGCUAAUCAACUGCUAUCCUAAAUGUACUGUACUUUUGUAUUCUUGACAGGUGCAAACUAGCCACGGUAACAUAGUGUGCUAGAUGGGGAUGUCGUUGUCAUAUCCACUGGUGAAAGAGCCAGAAAGUUAUGUGGAUCCUGAUCUAAACGAAGACUCUGACGAGAUGAAUUUCGCUAUGGAAAUGCAUGAGAUUAACCUGAGCUACACAUACGACAUGAUCCAGCAGAGGAUCCGCUCUAUCAAGGAGUCCGCCAAAUUUGACAAGUACAGCUACGACUGGAACACCAGUGUGCUGGCUCUGAAGGACGAGUUCCCCCACUGGACAGCUGAUGACCUGCUCAACCUGAGACGGCAGUUUGAGAUUUUUGACACCAACAAAGACCGCCUGCUGGACUUCAGCGAGUUUUGCGCUUCUCUGAACAUGGUCAACGAUGCAUCAACUAUGGAGGCCAGGAAAGAAAUGUUUAGUAGAGCGGACAAGGACAACUACAAGUCCAUCAACUUCGAGGAGUACCUCCAGCUGAUGUAUGACCUCAAGCAGGGCACGCCAGUCCCCAAGCCCCUCGAGAGCGAGGACGACAAGGACACGGCCACCGGUGACAUCAUCUGUGAAGUGGCCCGCAUGGACACCUUCCAGCAGAUGUGCUACGGGGUCUUCUAAACACAAAUACACACUCCUGAUGACAUGAUGGAUUUGUUGUGCCUUAACUGGGAUUGAGGAAAUGACAUUGUAUAAAUUGGCUUUAUAUAAUUCAAAAUGAUUAAAUAUACAGUUAUUUUUCCCCAA